GGAGGAUCUGGUAAGACUAUCCCAGGAAAAGCCACUCCGAAGAAAUUCUCCGAGGCGGCGGCGGCGGCGCCGGCAGCCCCAGCAUGAGGUUUCUCUCCACAGGUGAAAAAGUGAGAAGUAUCUCACUGAAAUACUGAAGAAAAAAAGCGAAGAUCUUGUCUCACUGAAUUUGCUCACUGGGGACUUCAGGAUGGAAGCCUUGUGUUUAAGAGUUUCCUUGCUGCUGCUGCUCCCGGGAUUUGUCCUCAGUGACAGCUCUGACAGAGACGUUUCCAAUCAGAGCGACUCGGGAAAUCCCCUUUCCACCUUCUCAGGGAUCGAAUCCAGCGUUCUCCUCACCACCAUGCAGCCCCCGGUGUCCAACCAAACUGUCAAAUGUUCCCAGCAGACUAAGAUUGCCGAAACUUUCAAAUACAUUAACACCGUGGUGUCCUGUGCUAUUUUCAUCAUUGGGAUGGUUGGGAAUGCAACUUUGCUGAGGAUCAUUUACCAGAACAAGUGCAUGAGGAACGGCCCCAACGCGCUGAUAGCCAGCCUGGCACUGGGAGACCUUAUCUACAUUGUCAUUGAUAUCCCCAUCAUCGUGUACAAGCUCCUCGCUCAGAAGUGGCCUUUUGGAAAUACAGAAUUUGGACAGUUUCUUUGCAAAUUCCUUCCCUUUAUCCAGAAGGCAUCAGUGGGAAUCACAGUCCUUAACCUGUGUGCCCUUAGUGUGGACAGGUACAGAGCAGUUGCGUCCUGGAGCCGUGUUCAGGGGAUUGGAAUCCCGAUGAUCACUGCCAUUGAAAUUUUCUCCAUUUGGCUUCUGUCCUUCAUACUGGCCAUCCCAGAAGCAAUUGGCUUCGCCGUGGUACCUUUCAAAUACAAGGAUGCAAGUUAUGUUACCUGCAUGCUCAAACCUACAAACGACUUCAUGUUGUUUUACAAAGAUGCAAAGGAUUGGUGGCUGUUUGGUUUCUAUUUCUGCAUGCCGCUGGCGUGCACUGCCAUCUUUUAUACGCUAAUGACUUGUGAAAUGUUAAACAGAAGAAACAGCAACUUGAGAAUUGCUCUCAGUGAACACCUGAAGCAGCGCCGAGAAGUUGCCAAGACAGUUUUCUGUUUAGUCGUGAUUUUUGCUCUUUGCUGGUUCCCUCUCCAUCUGAGCCGGAUUUUGAAGAAAAUGGUAUACAAUGAAAAAGACCCCAGCAGAUGUGAACUGCUCAGUUUCUUGCUGCCCUUGGAUUACAUCAGCAUCAACCUGGCAACCAUGAACUCUUGUAUAAACCCCAUAGCUCUGUAUUUUGUGAGCAAGAAGUUUAAAAACUGUUUCCAGUCAUGUCUUUGCUGUUGCUGCUCCCAGUCUAAGAGUUUGGUGACUUCAGUGCCCAUGAACGGAACCAGCAUUCAGUGGAAAAACCAAGAACUAAACAAUCACAAUACAGACCGAAGCAGCCAUAAAGACAGCAUAAACUGAAAAUCAAGGACUCACACCAUUUCAGAAUGAAACAGGAAAAUAAAAGUCACUACAAAGCUAUUACAACAGGAAGCCCAGUGACUGUUCCAUAACAAAUUCAGACAUGUGCACCAUUGUACCUAAUUCUAGAGGUGACUGAGUAGAUGGAGUGAGUGUAACUGUGAUAUCCUGUGAACUGAGAUCCACUGGAUGGUAAUUCUGCCUCUGAAAAGGAUAUUGAUGUGAUUAUGACACAAAAAACCUGGCUUGAACUAUCCAGGUGGUUUUGCUGUUCUGAAGCAGGCAGGAACUGUUCAGUGUCUGUGACUGGUACAAUGCAAUCUUUUUAUCUGAUUGUCACCUAGAAUUAAUCACUCUGGAACUUCUGAGAAGAUAUCAAAAUGGAAUCUAUCUGCAACUAUAUUUUCUCUCUGCCCAUUUGUCUUUUAAGUUCUAUUUCUGUGGUGGAUAAAGUCCACUCACCAGUUUGUUUCGCAUGUUGUUGUUGUUGUUGCUGUUUUUCAGGUUUAUGUUAGAAAAUGUUUUGGUCCACACCAGCAUUUUACCUAUGUUACAAUGGAUCGGGACAUUAGCCGGGCAGUUCACAUUUGUAGCACUUCAGUAUUCACAUACAGGAAGAGACCAUUUAAACAGCAUCAACAUUUGGCACUUAAGCACAGAUUAAUACCAAAAAAAAGAGGUAUUAAUAAUACAGUACUAUACUGUGUUAUUUAUUCUAAUGCUCUGUACAAAAUAAACAUCAUCUGUAUCAGCAAAAAGAAUGGAAGAUGCUCACAGAUGGGCACCUUACAAUGUGUUUUUAUUAACCUGACAUGUUAAUUCUUAAACUAUAGGAACCUUUUAAUCUAUUUAGACUAUAGCUGCAUGAAAUCUAAGUUGAAAUGAGGGUCAGUGGAACAUAGUGAAACAUUAUUAAAGCUGUCCAAAGUGUUCUGAGAAUAUGGUUAUUAUCAGAGCAGCUAUGCACUCUGUUUUCAUAUUGUGAACCUGAGGUUAUAGUCAGAGUGAAUGUAGAAAUGUGGAAGUCCAUAAGAUGUGCAGAAGGAUAUUUUGUGCCUUAUUUCUUACAGAGUUCUCUGUCUUACACAAUACUCAAAGAUUUUAAUGGGGUUUAAUGGGUUAUCAGCAUUGUUAACCAUACAAAUGCUAUUAACAAUAUAUAGAAACUAUUGCUUGCAUAUAUGUAAACUGAUGAUUUCCUUAUUAUUUCCAUCCAUUAAGGCUACAUGGCAAGAGAUUCCCAGUUUGCCUAUAAAAAUUUUUAAUAGGUAGCCUUUCAUUAAAUGGUGGAACUCAAUAGUGUGGUGUCAUAUAUAAUAUGUCUCAUGCACAAAUCUGUUAGGCAAUUUAUAGCAUCUUUUGUGCUAGGCUAAGAAGCAGUAAUCAAAAUGCCACAAAUUUUCAAACAUCCAUUUCCUUUCCAGUGAAAGAUGUAAUCCUGCAUAGUUUUAUUUAAGAGGUCAGAAUGCUAGUGCCUACAGUGACUUCUCCUGCACAAAUUUCCGAAUGUUUACAUUCACACAAAUCUUCUGAAGUAUAUUUAAAAAAAGGUUCUUUAAAUUUGUUUGUGUAUUUUUUGUGUGCUUUUGUCUCUGUGACAUAUAUGCCUGUAUAAAUACAUAUAAAUCUAUGUUCAUACGUUAUAAACCUAAAUACAGUCUUCUGACAGUGCUCUGUGGUAGAGCCUAAGAGCAUGGUAUGGAAUGAGACUUGGUUGAAUUUUACUUAAAACAUUUCAUCCUCAAACUGUAUCAGAAAUAAUAGUAAAUGUGUGACAAUGCUCUCUGAGAA